UUAAAGGAUGAUGUAGAUGCGGUUAUAACGCAGUGGCAGCACCAGCAGCAACAGCAGCAGCAGAUGGAAGUAUUGCGGAAAUACAAACCAAAGACAUUACAAAGAAAACAGUUUUUUGGCUACAUUGGUAUUCCCUCCCUGGCUGCUGCAGGUACUUCUGGUAUAGUGAUGAUUGUGGUGCCAAAGUAUGGCAACAAUAAAACAAUCAUCUGCAACAAACAACUCGAAAAGAUGAAAACACUGACCACAACUGGUAAUCCAUAUCGAGUGAUAUCAACCCCUGAUGGUCAGGGUGUAGCAGUACUGUGUGUGAGAGAUGAUAACACUUGGAUGGUGCAAGUGUUUGACACAUCAGGUGACCACAAGCGAGACAUACCAUUACAAGAUACAAUCAAACCAAAAGCUAUUGCAGUGAAUAGUAUUGGUCAGAUGGUGAUUGCGGAUGGCACCAAUGGGUCCUUAGUGUUCAUCAACUGGCAGUCUGGGAAGGUAGAACACACCACACCAUCUGGAUUGUUCGACACGGAUUACUACACAUUCAUAGCAGUGACUAAACAGGAUCACAUUAUAAUAUCUAACUAUGGCACUAAUAACAUCAGAUGUGUAGACAAUCGUGGUGAGGAAGUGUUCACAUACAGUGGUGAGGGUAAGAAUGCACUGAAUCAUCCCCGUGGUGUUUGUGUAGACACAUUUGGGAAUAUCCUAGUAGCUGACAAUUAUGACAACAGAGUGCAGUUACUCUCACCUGAUGGCAACUUCAUCAGACACGUACUGUCAGAAAGUGAUGAGUUGAAUGAGCCAUGGUCUCUCGCAAUGGACACAGAGGACAACCUGCUGAUAGGAACAGAGUCUCGUCAUCUUUUAGCACGAUGUGAAGCAUUUGUCGUGAAAUAUAAGCCGUAGAU